GGCCGCGCGGGGCAGAGCGAGCGGCGCGAGAGAGCAAGCGCAAGGCACCGCCCCGGCCGCGGCACCGCCGCCGUGUCCUGCCGCGGCACCGCCGCCGUGUCCUGCCGCGGCACCGCCGCCGUGUCCUGCCGCGCCCCCUGGCGGCGGGGAGGAGGCGCACCCCGGCCCGCGGGCGCAGCUCUCAGGGCCACUGGAAGCGCCGGGGGCACCGGGGUGUGUGGGGUGUGCGUGCCCCGGGCCCGCCAGCGCCGCUCUCAGGGCCGGUGGGACCCCCCGCGGCACUGGGGUGCGGGGUUACCACACGUCUCUUGCCCUGUGGUGCCAGAUCCGUGGUGGCAGCAGGAAAGUGACGGUGACAGCAACAUUGGGCACUGGGAUGGAGCUGACUGCAGCACGACGCAAUGUGUCAGAGGGGAGAGUCUACUUGGACCACAAUGCCACGACCCCUCUGGCCCCUGAGGUAGCCCAGGCCAUUUGGGAUGCCAUGCACCAUGCCUGGGGCAAUCCCAGCAGCUCCCACCCCGCAGGCAGGAACGCAAAGGAUCUCGUUGGUAGUGCCCGGGAGAGCCUGGCAAGGAUGGUGGGAGGCCGGCCAGAGGACAUCAUCUUUACCUCAGGAGGCACAGAGGCAAACAACAUGGUGAUCCACACCGCCCGUAGGCACUUCUGUGACAGCCAGAGCAGACCAAGGGACAGCCAGGAGAUGCCACACAUCGUGACAUCAAAUGUGGAGCAUGAUUCUGUCCGGCUGCUGCUGGAGCAGCUGGUGAAGGAGAGCCUGGCAGAAGCCACCUUUGUACCAGUGUCUCCACAAAGUGGGCGGGCUGAAGUGGACGACGUCCUGGCUGCCAUCCGGCCAACCACCUGCCUAGUUUCUGUCAUGUUGGCCAAUAACGAGACUGGGGUCAUUAUGCCUGUCACAGAGCUGAGCCAGCGCAUCCGCACCCUCAAUGUGCAGAGGGUGGCAGAAGGGCUGCCCAGGAUCCUGGUGCAUACAGAUGCAGCACAGAUGAUUGGCAAGGGGCGCGUGGAUGUCCAGGAGCUGGGAGUAGACUACCUCACCAUCGUGGGACACAAGUUCUAUGGCCCGCGGAUUGGUGCACUGUAUGUGCGUGGCCCUGGCAUCACAACCCCGCUGCACCCCAUGCUCUUUGGAGGAGGACAGGAGAGGAAUUUCCGGCCAGGCACUGAGAACACCCCGAUGAUUGCUGGCCUGGGCCAGGCUGCAGAGUUAGUGAGCAAGAACUGGGAGGCCUAUGAGGCUCAUAUGCAGGGUAUUCGUGAUUACCUGGAGGCCAGGCUGGAGGCAUCCUUUGGGAAGCAGAGGAUCCGCAUCAACAGUCACUUUACAGGCUCCAAGCGACUCUGUAACACCUGCAAUUUCUCCAUCUUGGGCCCAAGCCUUCAAGGGCGAAGGGUGCUGUCCCACUGCAGGGUGCUGCUUGCCAGCGUUGGGGCUGCCUGCCACUCUGAGGAAGGGGAUCGGCCCUCCUCAAUUCUGCUCAGCUGUGGGAUCCCCUAUGAUGUAGCACAGAAUGCCUUGAGGCUCAGCGUGGGGCGAGACACCACCCAGGCGGAUGUGGACCUGGUUGUGCAGGACCUCAAGCAGGCUGUGGCACAGCUGGACCAGAAUCAAGCUUCAUAGACCACCAGGGCUUCUUUCCCAGCCAUCACCCAGUGGCCAAAGCUGUUGCCAGCUCCAUGUGCUCCUAAAUGAAACAGAAUUGUUGGGGCAGCCCUGUGUGCCAACACCUCAGGAAACAUGUCAUCCCUCUCUGGUGCAGGCACUCUUAUCACUGAUGGUGGAGGACACAAGUGUCUCAUCAAUCAGCAGUGUUGCUGGCUGGGCUGACUGGUGUUGGGGAACUUGUUGUUUCUGGCUAUUCAUAGGAAUAAAAGUGAUUGCUGCUGUGGCUUUUUCCUAAGUAAAAUAUAUUUUCUCUGGGGAAAAAAAA